AAAUAAAACCUAUCCGUAUGACAGGGAAGUUCAGCAACAUACUCGGAGGACAAGCUAGCGCCGUUAGCCACUGUUGUUAGCUGUAUUAACUUGACCUCAGUCUUUUGUCACUGCAGCUGUUUAGCCCGUCGUUGAUCAUUAUUUGAAUAUGAAGGCGGUGUAGCGGCUACAGGAAGAGGCUGGCUAAGAUCAUGUUUAGUGCCUUGGUUUGUGGAGCUGUGGUGUUUCCAGGGCUCUUCUACAGCUUCAGGAAAGUACUAAAAUACACUUUGACACACUGGAGUGAUGCCGACGUGGUUUCUGUCAGUGAAAGGCUGGUCUCCGCCAUCCAUGCAUCUUUGGCCACUGCAGCUGGAGUCACAGUGGUGACAUCCUGCAGGAAUACCAUGACUGACAGUCACUGGCUGGUCAAUGGGUUUGUUUUGUUCGGAGCUCCCUAUAUGGCCCUCGACAUCUACGCCAUGUAUCUGAGCCACUACCAUACUCAGAGGGUCAGAGGUCAUUCCAGCAGCCACUCUCUUCAGACAGUGAAGGCUUUCCUCAGUAAGGACUGGAUGCUGGUCCUCCAUCACCUGGCGCUGCUUCUCAUUUUCAUGCCCAUCACUCUGUUCUUCAGAAGAGGACUGGGUGAUUUCUUCAUCGGCUGCCUGUUCACCACAGAGUUCAGCACUCCUUUCAUCUCUUUAGGAAAGAUUCUCAUCCAGCUGGGCCUCGAUGAUACCAGGCUGCACAGAAUCAACGGCAUCAUUGUCCUCUUGAGUUUCUUCACGUGUCGGAUCUUGGUCUUCCCCUUCAUGUACUGGAUGUACGGCCAGCAGUUUGGGAUUCCCCUGCACAGAGUGGCCUUCCACCUGCCUCUGCAGUGCAACGUGGGUAACCUGGUGAUCCUGGCUCCACAGAUCUACUGGUUUAUUCUGCUGCUGAGGAAAGCUAACAGACUCUACCUGCGACAGAAGAGAGGGAAGGGGGAUGGAAGCAAAGACAAGCCGAGGACAGACUGAGUGCACCGGUUUAUGAAACAACCUGGUUUUUCACUGAGAAUAAAGAUACGACAGAGUAUUAUGGCCAAAACAAAUAAAGAUUUCAAAAAUAAGUAAUAUAAUGAGAAAAAGUUAAUAUUUUGAGAAUGAAGUUGUAACUUUAUGAGGAAAAGUGGUAAUAUUUUGAGGAAAAAAGUAAUAUUUCAAAAUAAUGUUAUGAGAAAGAUUGUACUAUAAAAAAGGUAAGUUCUCUCUUCUCUGCUUUUUUCUUGAAACAUUGUAAAUGUUUUUAAUUUCUCAAAAUAUUACCUUUUCUCAAUAUUGAUUGGUUAAUGUUCAACCUUUUUAUUUUUUUUUAACUUUUGUUCUCAAUUACAACUACAUAACAUUUUUUUCUCAAAUACUAUAACUUCAUUUGAAAUAUGCCUUUAUUCUUUAGGACUUUAAUAACAUUCUGACUUUUUUUCCUCUGAAUUGUAUUCUAUCAAUCCUGUUUUGGGGGGUUUUUUUGCACUUUUUUUCUGGUAAAUUUUCUACUUUAUUUUCAGAAUAUUUUGAAUUUUUUCUUUAAAACUUUUGACUUUACUUUCUAAAAUCACUUUCCCCCCAACUGGCCCUAAUAUGAUCAUACGGAGACGCCUCAGCAGUUCAAUGAUUGUCCUGCACUACAUUAUGAAGCUUUUAUCUGUGAAUUUUGCCAGCUGUUACAAUGUGACAAAACUGUUACAGCUAGUACAGUUCAUUGUUAAAGCUUUACGAUUUGCAGAGAAUAUUUUUGAACAAAUAAGACUGACUCUUUUUAAUUAAUAAAUUAUUAAAUUAUG